UUGAAACUUGAGGUCUUUAGGAGGGAUCAGUCCGGGGUGGCAAAGUUGCCACCACAAAGGUUUUUGAUUAAGGGAUUCAUGAUGCCAGGUAGCCAUCUUUCACAAGCUGGUGGGCUGUGCCACUGAUGCCUUUGCUUGGGUUUUAUAUGUCUGUCCUGGUUUGUGUUCUUGCCACUUCAGGUUCCCUGGUUUUGGUCUACAUUCCUCGGUCCUCUGCUGUGGAGUCUACCUUCUGCUUCACCUCAUUCUGGAGCCGCCCAUCCAGUCAGCGGCCCAUGUCCCCCUGGUUCCCUGUUUCCUGAGUCUCCAUGGACCUGAGUCCAGAGAAGCACUCUGAACUUGAGGACAUCCGGCUGAGGAAAGGAGCCCUUCUGCUGGAGAUCCAGAGGCUGCGGGAGGCGCUGAGAGAGGCCCUCAUGGAAGUGGAGGUCCUUGAAUCCAGCACCAAACGCAGCCAAAUCUUAGAAAAGAAUAGGCAUGUCGCCAUGGGAAGAAAGAAAUUCAACAUGGACCCUAAGAAGGGUAUCCUGUUCAUGGUACAAAACAAUCUUCUCCGGCACACGUCUGAGGACAUCGCCCAGCUCCUAUACAAGGGAGAGGGGCUGAACAAAACAGCCAUUGGGGAUUACCUGGGUGAGAGAGACGACUUCAAUAUCCAAGUCCUCCAAACAUUUCUUGGGCUUCAUGAAUUCGCAGGGUUCAACCUGGUACAGGCUCUCAGGCAGUUCCUCUGGAGUUUCCGUCUGCCAGGAGAAGCACAAAAGAUUGACAGGAUGAUGGAGGCCUUUGCGCAGAGGUACUGUCAAUGUAAUCCUGGAGUCUUCCAGAACAUUGACACCUGCUAUGUACUUUCAUUUUCCAUAAUCAUGCUAAACACUAGCCUUUAUAAUCCAAAUGUGAGAGACAAGCCCAGUGUGGACAGGUUCAUCUCCAUGAAUCGAGGAAUCAAUGAUGGAGGCAACCUGCCAGAUGAUCUCCUCCGAAAUCUUUAUAAGAGCAUAAAGAAUGAGCCAUUCAAGAUUCCUGAAGACAAUGGGAACAAUGCCUUCUUCAACCCUGACAGAGAGGGUUGGCUCUUCAAAAUGGGAGGAGGACGGGUGAAUACAUGGAAAAGGAGGUGGUUCAUCCUGAUGGAUAACUGCCUUUACUACUUUAAACAUACUACGGAUAAGAAACCCAGGGUGAUCAUUCCGCUGGAGAAUCUGAGCAUCCGUGAGGUGAAGGAUCUCAGGAAGCCUAACUGCUUUGAACUGUACAUCCCUAACAACAGCAGACAGCUGAUGAAAGCCUGCAAAACGGAGGCAGACGGCCGCCUGGGAGAGGGAAAUCAUGUGGUGUACCGCAUCUCGGCGCCAACCCCUGAGGAGAAGGACAAGUGGAUACAGAGCAUCACUGCUGCUGUGAGCACUGACCCUUUUUAUGAGAUGCUGUCAGUAAGAAAAAAACGGCUGAAUAAAUAA